GAGUCUGUUGCUCCUAUUUUUCCAUUCUCUAUUGCUCCCAUCACUUUCUUUUCAUACAUUUUUCAUAAGGGCGCUUCUUCCUCAUCGCUGGCAAAAUGGCAAAUGCAGCGUCUGGAAUGGCUGUGCAUGAUGACUGCAAACUGAGGUUCCAGGAGCUUAAAGCAAGGCGGAUCUACCGAUUCAUUACAUUCAAAAUUGAGCAUCAACAAGUUGUCGUCGACAAAAUAGGGGAACCGACGGAAAGCUAUGACGAUUUUCAGGCCAGUUUGCCAGUUGAUGAGUGUCGUUAUGCCGUCUAUGAUUUUGAUUUCACAACUGAUGAGAAUUGCCAGAAAAGCAAGAUCUUCUUCAUUGCAUGGUCACCAGACACUUCAAAGGUGAGGAUGAAGAUGGUGUAUGCAAGUUCCAAGGAUAGAUUCAAGAGGGAACUGGACGGCAUUCAAGUCGAUAUGCAAGCAACUGAUCCAAGUGAGAUGAGCUUGGACCUUGUGAAAGCGCGAGCCUUCUAAGUCCCCCCCCCCUUUUGUUAUCUCAGCUCUCCCACACAGUUACAAUUUUUUUUCCUAACUGUGUUACUACAUUGGGGGCCAUUGUGUUAUUGCUUAUUUUAUUAAUCCAAAAUGGCAUGUAUUAUUAUAA